AAUAAAGCGGGAAAACGAAAAGUGUUUUUAUCCAUCUUACACGUUAAGGAUGAGUGAGGACGAAGACUUGCCACUAGAUCUUGAUGACGAGUUGGAAAGGUUUGAAGAAGAUAACGUUGAAGAAGCAGCGGAAGUUCAGGCUGAAAACGAAGAAGGCGAAACUGCUGAAGAAGCCAACAAAACAACUGUAAAACCAAAGAGAGUUAUUCGAAAUCCUCAACCCAAGCUUAAUGCGGAAACUCUCAAGGGAAAACGUGGUUUAGCAACUUUGGAUUCAUAUUUUGAUCGAGUGAAAUUUAAGGGCCGUGGACAUGAAGAACAAGACUUGGGAGUAAUUUUAAAAACUUAUGAAUACUGGUGUCAUCGUUUGUUUCCAAAAUAUCCAUUUGAUGAGUGUAUAUCAAAAAUUGAAAGUUUAGGAACUAAGAAGCCUGUGUUGACUCACAUUAAAAAAAUUAGGUUUGAUAUGUUAUUUGAUGACAAACCAAUCCUUGAUAAAGAUGAUGAUUCAGAAACGGAUGAAAUUCCAGUUGAUCAAUUUAAUGAAAUUCUAAAUGAUCAGUUUGAUGAAUUAAUACAAAUGCCAAGUUUACAACCACCUGUAGAUGUAAGUGAGGAACAAUUGGAGAGAAUUCGAUUAAAUAAAGAAAGGGCUGAAAAAAUUAGAAGGGAAAAACUUAGACAAACUAUGGAAAUUGCUAGUUUCUCACAAGAGAGCCAUGAACCUCAUGAGCAUGUAACACUUGAAAGUGACCCAUCUGUACUUGCAGAAUUAGAAAGCCAAGUUGAAUCUCUUGAAUCCCAGGAGGAAUUAGGUGGUAACAUUGCAAAAUCUGUGGAAGUUUCUGAGGUCUCUCAAGAGUUAACAGCGCACACAGACCAUGACAUAAAUAUGCCUUUAAGUGGGGCACAAAUACUAUCAACUGAAAACUUUCCUGAUUAAAAAAGGUAUAGUGAAUCAGUUCAAUUUUCAAGUCUUCAAAAUUUUCAUAUCAUCAGUUUCCCACAUUAUAAUUUAUGGUCUGGUAGGGUAUCAGAUUAAAUUAUAAUAAAAAACCUUUAUUGGAACUUGGUUGUUACAACAAAUAUUUUUUAUAAAUAAAACAAAAAUAUACUUA